AUGGAUUAUCUCGCUGGAGUGACAAGUUACGUAAUAAACGCAAUUGCGCCUAAAGAGAACAAAUUUGCACCUGUUGUUACAGAAUCUCCUCUAUCUUCAGGAAUUUUUGAACCUAAUAUGCUCAUAGUUCGACUUGCUGGUUUAUCUGGAGCACUGGCUGUUACUUUGGGUGCAUAUGGAGCUCAUGGAUUGCGUGAAAAAUGUUCCGAUGAGCGUCGCAUUCGGGCUUUUGAAACAGGAAACCGGUACCAUCUGCUUCAUACUGUGGCCAUCCUUGGAUCUUCAAAAGCCCGCUUCCCUGCUAUAACAGCAUCCUUAUUUUUUGCUGGGAUUUCUAUAUUUUCUGGAACAAUUUAUUACUAUAGCCUGACAGGUAAUGAACAGGUACGACAUUACACCCCUUGGGGUGGGAUGCUGUUUAUAAUAGGAUGGAUAUCAAUGAUUUUGUAA